UGGAAAUGAGCAACGGUUAUCUGGGUCUGUGGUUGCAUUUUGUGGAGACACUCCUUCAAGCAAUUUCUUGGGUGGGUUUAAAGGAGUUGGAGGAGCAUUUAGAAAGUGUCGUUGAUGUAUGGCUAGUGAUUCAGACAUACAAACAAGAAAGCAAGUAUGUUAUGAGGAAUGAAGUGAUGCAUGAAGAACAGUGUCAGGAGCUGGAAGAUUGUGACUUACACUCUCACUUCUCAGUCAAUUGUGGGUUAAAUUAUAGGAGUGUUUCAAGCAAAAUCAAGAACUUCAAAGUCACUGAUUGCCUACCAUUUGACGUGAUGCAUAUUCUUUUGGAAGGAGUGAUCACCAGAGAAAUUAGAUUGCUCCUUCAACACUGCUUUUCUCAGAGGUAUUUUACACUUGAAACCCUGAACCAACAAAUUAAGUAUGUAGAUCUGGGAUAUAAUAAAGGCAAAGAUCGUCCUACACAAAUAACAAGAGACGCUAUAGAUCGAGAUGACAAGUUAGGUCAGCGAGCUGCUUAGUCUUGGUGUCUGGCAGUGAAACUUCCAAUUUUCAUAGGUGAAUGGGUUCCAGCUGAUGAUGAACACCACUAUUGUUUUCUGACAUUGCUGGUAAUAUUGGCGAUAUGUGUUGCAACAACUGUGACUACUGAUGAUGCUUGUCUUCUGGCAACUAUGAUUGAGGACCAUCACCACCGAUUUUGCCACUUAUAUCCUGGCAAAACAAUAACACCUAAAUGCAUUAUAUGGUUCAUCUGCCAAGUCAGCUUUUGAGGUACUUUUGAAGAUGUUUAAUUAAUAAAUUAACAGAUUUUAUAUGCUUUUUCAAGUAGAAGUGUUUGCUUUUUGUGUUUUGUUUAAGCCCCCACCAUAUACCAAACAUUUGUUCCUUUAUUAGUUGAAUAUUUUAUCGUGGACCUCAAUUAUAAUAAUUGGCAAUGUGUAUACAAUACACACUAUAUGAAGAGCUCAUUAGUGAACAUAACAAUAGAAUGUUUGUAACUGUAUGUCACACUUUACAAUCUGAGUAGCAGCUUAUUAAGUAGAUAUAGCUUGCUAAAGUUAUUAUGUUGCCCAGAAACUCAGCCUCUGUGAGGUGGACAUAAUGUAUUUGCCAAUAUACUUGAGGACAGCUCACCAGAAUAUUUUACAAAUAAUUUAAGUUCUUUUUAGAAACAAGUGACUGAGGACUGUAUCUAUGACAUUGAUUCAAAUGUGAUUUAUAAAAAUGAUCAGCUUCAUGGGUUACUACUAAAGCACAGGAUACCAUUUUUCAACGAUUGGGAUCAUGCCUCCUCCAGUCACUUGCUUUCAUUUCUCUAGAUCCUCUUUCAAUCUGUUUCAGUUUGUAGGAUUUCUUUACUGACAAAGGUUCUGUUUGUAGAUUUUUUAUAUUACUGCACAGAAGAUGUUCACAGAAGAUGCUCAAACUUCUUCCUCGGCCUUUAAUUUUUAUGCAUUGAAAAAGAUUGUUUAUUGCCUUUUUCACGAACAUAUGGUUGUUGCCAACUGGUGCACUAUUAACCUUGGGCAUGCACAGUGUCAGAUACCGGUCUUUCGCAUCUAAGGUUUAGGUUAAUAUUUGAACUCAAGUUACUAUUAUUUCAAACUCAUUGGAUGCACAGGUUACUGUUCGAGUGCAGACUAUCAUUCAGAAGUAUGGUAAUAUCAUUACAUUGUAAAGUUGUUGUAAAGAGACGGCAUUGGAGGAGGACCGACGAGACCUCCGGAAUGAGAUUAAAUUGAUGAAACGUAUCGGUGCUCAUAGACACAUUUUGAGCUUGUUGGGAUGCUGUACGGUUACUGAGUUGUAUCUGGUUGUUGAGUUUGUGCCACAUGGUGAUCUACUCAUGUUGCUGAGAAAGAAUCGUGUGGAACAAGAGAGAGAGGUGAAAGAGAUACCAAAGGAGAGUCACUCAAUACCUAAGAAUGGAUAUCUUCCUCCUGAGGAUGGAUACGUUCCUCCUGAGGAUGGAUAUCUUCUCCCGAGGAUGGAUACAUUCCUCUUAAUUCGCCUGCUGUGGUAUAUAGUGUUAUUUAUGUCUGUUUUGUUAUGACUUGUGUAGCACAGUGGAGUGGUGUUGUAAUGUUUUAGGUGUGUGUGUGUGUGUGUGUGUGUGUGCUUGAGAAUAGAACCGUUCACUAUCCACCAAACUUCCACACUUCAAUUUCAUCAACAUCAAACUACUUGUCUGUUUCUUAUACAAAAUUUAGAACAAAUUUCUAAAAAUGUAAAUACUACAAGUGUACGCUGUAAAGCUGCUGAUUCAAUACAUAGAGUCUCAGACUUUCAUACCUCG